GAUAUUUUUUGGGGCAUUUCAGAUUUCUCAUUUCUCAUAUGAGGUUUGACUAAAACAAACUUUUGCAGUUUUCCCAUAUCAAUUUGGUGGGAAAAUUUUGAACAAAAGGAGGGAAGAAAUUCCUGACAAAAUUUCAACUCCGGCUGAAUUCUGAAAUGGAAAGUUGAUGUUAAGGGGUUCACUGAAUUCUGCAAUGUCCAAAGGGUAAAGAACGUAAGAAACACUAGUUCAGAGACUUGCUGAUUUAGGCUGUGUUGUGAACUAGAACGUCAGAUGCAAAUGGUUGUGUCGGUCCCAGAUAAGCCGCCGUCUUGAACUCAUAGGUGUUGACAGAUCUGAAGAUUCUCAGCGCUCAGUGGUUUGCAGUUUAGUGAGAGUGCUAUCAUUGAUCAAGUCAACGUUUGAGAUCCAAAAAAUUAGAGAAGUAUGGAGUGCAACAAAGAUGAAGCCCUCCGGGCAAAAUCAAUUGCUGAGGGCAAGUUAGAAAAAAAAGAUUUUGCUGGUGCCGUAAAAUUUGCUUCAAAGGCUCAGACUCUGUAUCCAGGUUUAGAUGGUAUUUCCCAAAUUUUGACCACACUUGAGGUGUAUGUUUCUGCUGAGAACAAAAUAAAUGGAGAAAAUGACUGGUAUGGGGUACUUGGUGUGAACCCAUCAGCUGAUGAUGAAACAAUAAAGAAACACUAUCGCAAGUUGGCUCUGAGUUUGCACCCUGAUAAGAAUAAAUCAGUUGGUGCUGAUGGUGCUUUUAAACUUAUUUCAGAGGCCUGGAGUUUGUUAUCAGAUAAGAAUAAGAGAUUGCAGUAUAAUCAAAGGAGGGGUUCCAUAGGGUUUCAGCACAAGGCCCAGAUGCAUAGUGGUGGUCCAUCAGCACCAUCCAGGGGAAAUGGGAUUUUCAACUUCAGCAGUAGGGCACCAUCCGUUUCGAAGAACAAUACUACUAAGCGGCCACCACCACCACCACCUAAGCCAACUCCUCCUGGACCACCUCCUAGGAAUGAUACUUUUUGGACUAUCUGUCAUCGGUGCAAGAUGCAUUACGAAUACCUUAAAGAGUAUCUCAACAGUACUCUCCUUUGUCCCAAUUGUCGUGAAGCUUUUUUGGCUUCUGAGACAGCCCCACCUUCAAAUUUUCCAAAAUCUUCUAAUCAGCUUCCUCGGCAGCAAUCUUCAAAUUCUCGUCCUAGUCGGAAUUCUUUUGAACAUGGAAGAAAUGUUUCAGCUGCUAAAACCUCAGGUCCAUCUCAAGCAGGUUCAAAUUUGGGGAAACACUCGUACAAGCAGUGUCCGCCUUCUGGAUCUGGAAGUACAGAACCAUCUAUUGCAGCGAAAGCAGCCAAUGUUGUUCAGCAGGCACAGAAUAAGUUGAAGAGGUCAUAUAGUGAAUUACAUGCAUCUGCGGUAAGGGAGGGAGGUGUUCAAAAGAGAGAACUAGAUGAUAAUCGUAGUCAUUUUGGAACAAACCAUAACGUGGCUCCAGGAAAUGGUGUCUUUGCAGUUGGUAGUAGUGCACCAGGAUCAAGGAUUUAUGGUUUUUCUGGUACCACCUAUCAACAACCAAACAGUACAAGAGAUUUAUCACCCCUUGAAACACGUAAUUUGUUAAUUGCAAAGGCUCGGAAGGAGAUUAUGAAUAAGCUGUUUUCGUGGAGGUCAAAGCCUGAAGCAAUCAAACAGAAAAAUAUAUCUAAGGGAAGCAAGAAAGGACGUAAAGGUACUAGUAAUAUUGAUGGACCCGAUCAGAAUGAGAAUGGUGAUCAACCAAGGAAGGUUCAGGUCAGCAAUUCUGCGGAUAAUGCUAGUAAAGAGGAUCCUGAAGCUGUUUCAAUGACUGUUCCAGAUUCAGAUUUCCAUGAUUUUGAUAUGGAUAGAACAGAACUUUCUUUUGGGGAUAAUGAAGUUUGGUCUGCUUAUGACGAUGAUGAUGGCAUGCCACGUUUUUAUGCUCUGGUUCACAAGGUGGUUUCUAGGAAGCCUUUUAAGCUGAGGAUUAGCUGGCUUAACUCAAAAACAACAAAUGAAUUUAGCAAUAUGGACUGGGUUGGCUCAGGUUUCUAUAAAACGUGUGGAGAAUUUUGGGUGGGAAGGCACGAGAACUGCAAAUCAAUGAAUGCAUUCUCUCAAAAGGUUAACUGGUCAAAGGGCCCACGUGGGAGUAUUUUAAUAGUCCCUCGGAAGGGUGAUGUUUGGGCACUUUACAAAAAUUGGUUGUCUGAUUGGAAUGAGCAUACCCCUGAUGAAGUAAUCCACAAGUACGACAUGGUGGCCGUGCUGGAUGACUACAGUGAGGAAGAGGGUGUGCGCGUUGCUCCCCUUGUAAAGGUUGCCGGUUUCAAGACAGUAUUUCGUCCCAAUAUGGACCCUGAAGGGAUCAAGAGGAUUCCAAAGGAAGAGAUGUACCGUUUUUCUCACCGGGUUUCAAACCACUUGCUCACCGGGCUAGAAACCGAAGAUGCUCCAAAAGGAUGCCUGGAGCUUGACCCUGCGGCUACCCCAUUGGAACUUCUUCAGGUGAUAACGGAAAAGUAACGAGGUUCCAAUCCUAAAUGGCCGAAAAAUGGCGAUGAAGAGGCAUUGCAGGACUUUCCUAGUAGUAGUUCAGAUGAAAUUGCUGACGGGUCUAAUUAGAGCUCUGGAUGUAUUUAUAUAUCUCGAGGCCAAGAACGGAACAAGCAAGUGAACGUGACAAGGUAACCAGCAUUCAGUAGGUCAAGACAUCGACUAGAUGAUCACGUAGUCGGGAAAUACAACUGUUUUUUGGUUAGUUUUUGCAACUGCACAAAAGUGGCGAGCCUUGCUCUCCAGAAAUUUCACAUUUUAAAACUAGAGCUGAUUUUGGCGGAUUCUUUUGAAACUAGAGCUUAGCUGAUUAGCAGAUCAGAAGAAAAGCAAACAACAGUUUUGGAAUUUUGCUGUCUCUGUUACAUCAAUGAUUCGGCAGUUUCAGUAUUUGUUGAUGCACAAAAAUUGAGAUUGUUUCACAUGUCAA